AUGUCAAAAUCUCAAAAGGAGCGAGUUAAAGAUUCUUUUAUUGAAAAUAGGCCUGUUGAUCUUGCUUCACCAGCUUCCUCUUCUCCUCAUUCGAUUCCUUCCACUCGACCUCAAAGUUCUUCCUCCCACUCUUCUCAUCCUCCAACUUCUCCUAAACCUCUUCCAAGUCCUCCUCACUCUUCUAAUCCUCCAACUUCUCCUAAACCUCUUCCAAGUUCUCCUCACUCCUCUCAUCCUCCAACUUCUCCUAAACCUCUUCCAAGUCCUCCUCACUCUUCUCAUCCUCCAACUUCUCUUAAACACCUUCCAAGUCCUCUUCACUCUUCUGAUCACAAAACAUCGCCUCAUAGUGUUGCUUCUCCUCUUGCUUUACCUGAAGCUGAUGUAGAACAAGAAAAGGGAUUGGACAUGCCUGAUGAGAUACGUGCCGUUAUUAAUGAGAUAACGUGGAAAAAUCAUUAUUUAUCACCCGAUUCUCCAUUUAAUCAAUUUAUCACCAAACCCCCUGAGAAUGAUCAAGACUUUCAUUGCACAAUAUGUAAGCAAGACUCUAAUGAGGAAUUAUCACAAGCUGAUGAUCAGUCAAAACAAAUUGUUCAGUUAAAGACUUGUGAAGACAAAUUUCAUUUAGAAUGCAUUGCUCAACAUUGGGGAAAAGGUAAAAAAGAUUGCCCAAAUUGUCGCCGUAAAUUUGAAGUUAAACAUGUUGAAGUUAAGGAGGAAGUUGUUGAUGUUGAGGAAAGUUAAAGAAUUGAGGCUAGUUAUAAUUUUUUAUUUUAAUUGGAUUAAAAUGCUGGAGAUGUG